UCAUUUCCUCAACCAGAAAAUAUCCAAAUCUACAGUUUUCUCUCACAUUUUUUUUUAAAAAAAAUCUCUCUAACAGAUAUUAUUAUUUUAUUAUAUGGAAGAUAAAGUUUUUUCUCCGGCGACGGAGACGGUGGUUCAGGCGAGUUCUGCGGCAUCUGAGAUGACCGGCGACGAUGCGGUAGACUCGCAUGAAAAUGCAUCAUCGAAAUGGACCAAUGAGAAACAUAAUUUAUAUCUAAAGUCGAUAGAAGCAUCAUUCGUUGACCAGUUAUACAACUCUUUGGAUAUGCUAAGUCGUCAAACACAAAUUACCAACCGCUCAGACGCUUGUAUCUCAUCUGGCCAGUGUAAGGUUCUUCGCCGCGGUUGUUGGUCAAAGAAAAGUUUCAACAGAGAAAAGUUUCAGGGUUAUUGGAUCCAGCAUUUCAAAAAGGGGUCCUGCAAAAGGCUAUCUUUAACUGCACUGCAAUAUCCUGUAACCGAGUCUAAGUUGGAUCAACAUGCUAUCGUUGCAGAGGUGACGGAUCAAAAUUUUGUUGAAGACACAUCAUGCAGCAGGAAAAGAGCGAGAGUUUCUAAGUACGAUCACGCAAGUAAUGAUCAGGUUGUUCCUCAACGUACUUCUGCCGCAACAACUGAAGUCCCCGACAGUUAUGUUUCACCGAAAAAGUAAGGCUCGAAUCUCAAAUCAGCUUCUUCGCAUAAUCGCUAUUGGUGGUAAUAAAAGUACACAAAACGAGAGGUGUUGUAGCCACUUCUAGGUGACCGCUUAUAAGUUUUUAACCCAUGUUACGCUCGUAAGACUUGGUAAUGCAUGGUGCAACUCCCAAGUAUGUAGAUUAGAUGAUAACGAGAGUCAAGGACGUUUGACUCCGAGUUGGAAAAUCAAGAUAGUUAGGUUGAUCAUCAAUUGGUUUGUUCAUUUUUGUUAUAUUUUUUACUUCGCUGUAAUCGUGCAUAUUCGUUUCCAUCAUGUGAUCGAUCAGUAGCAUGGGUAUC